UUCAUUCACAGAUUUAUUUAGCUUGCACACAGUGAAAUUCAUUCAGAAAACUUCAUUCAUAAAAACCUGCAACCUCUCUCUGUUCUCUCUCUCUGUCUCUCUUUCUCUCUCUCUUAUAGAAAUAAGCUACCAUGACCUGGCGAUUGAGAAAAAUCUACAGAUGACUCAUUAGGCUGCCCAAGAUGCUCGGCUAUAAUCUUUCCAUUGAUAAAUGAUGGUGCUGAAGGUUGGAGGUCCAGUUGAGCCGGAUCAUAAACCUAUGAGGACUGUUUGGGGGAAUAUUUCCGUGCAAAGCGAUCUUUCCAGAAUUCAGAAGCCUGGGCUUUGCUCUUCGUGAUACAGAGACAGGGCAGGGAGUCUUCUGAGUCGAGGACGUCGCUCGCCUGCUUCAAGAUGUCGGGGUGAAGGAGAGUUCUUCAGAGAAAGCAGCUAUAGCUUGAACUGAUGCUCACCUGCCUGCACAUUGGCUUCAGUGGGGCUUAAGUUCCACAUCGCCAGAUGUCAGGACAGAAUGAAAGUGGGUUCACAAAGAGGAAGAAGCCACAUGGAAACCUGCCAAGAACCUCAGCAAUGGCCAGAUCUGCUUUUUUCUUCUUCCUUUUCAAAAUUGUUCUGGUUUGCUUAAUUCCAUAUUACUUUCUCUUAUUCUUGCGAAGGCACCUGGCUUAGGGGGAAGAAAAAAAAAGGAAAAGAGGAAGGAUUUAUUAACAGAAUUUUGAAGGCUAUGAGAGAACGCAUUCCACCCAGCCUCGGUGGACAUAUACAGUGUGUAGGACCAUCGACUGACCCAGGGAUGCUUCACCGAGCCAAAUACAGUCGUUUUAGAAAUGAGUCCCUCACGCCAUUGGAAGAAGAUGCACUGGGCGAUGCUCUCCGUCUCAAAAACUCUUCCUCUUCUCAUUCCUCAGCCUCUCUCGGGCCCGCUGAAGACGUCGCGGUGGGCCCUUUGGACAGUGCUCUGCCGUUGGGUGCCUUGAUACCUCGCGUGGCUAGCAUGAAGCUGGCCAACCCCUCCACCCUACCGAGCUUGAAGAACUUUUGCCUACGGACUAAAGAGGUGCCGAGAUUGAAACUCGCGGAAUGCGUCGCGGUCCCCAGCGGUCCAACUUUGCCGGAGAUCACCUUGACCACUUGUCUUGCCACCACGUCUUGCCCCCAGGGAGAUCCGGACAAACCUUCCAAGGCAAGCGUCAGCAUUGAAGAGGCCAGAUUCUCUUUGGCCCCCGAAGACUCUGCCUUCCUCCCCAAAUGGGACAAAGAUCUCGGGCAGAAAGGAGGAAGCUCCGUGUUGGAAGCCGGGGUAUCGUAUGCCGUCCGCUAUAUGGGCUGUAUUGAAGUCUUGCAGUCAAUGAGAUCUCUGGAUUUUGGCACUCGGACCCAAGUGACUAGGGAAGCAAUAAGUCGGCUGUGUGAAGCUGUUCCCGGAACCCAGGGGGCGACGAAAAAGCGAAAGCCUCCCGCUAAAUUUCUCUCUCCUGUGCUCGGUAAAAGUAACCUUCAGUUUUCUGGCAUGAAUAUAAAACUGACCAUCUCAACCACCAGCCUUUCUCUAGUGAAUAUUGAGAACCAACAGAUUAUUGCCAACCACCAUAUGCAAUCCAUUUCGUUUGCUUCUGGAGGCGAUCCUGAUACUACAGACUAUGUCGCCUACGUUGCUAAAGAUCCAGUUAAUCAGAGAGCCUGCCAUAUAUUGGAAUGUCCCAGCGGAGUGGCCCAGGAAGUCAUAAACACCAUCGGACAAGCUUUUGAGCUCCGCUUCAAGCAAUAUUUGAAGAAUCCUUCUGCUGUGAUGGCUUCCAAUGAAAGAGAAGUGGUGAAUCUUGGUGGCUCCACAUGGAACAUUCAGGAGAAGGAAGCGCAUGAAUACUAUAACGAAAUCCCAGGGAAAGAACCCCCUGCCGGUGGAUUGCUAGAUACCAGAGUGAAGACUGACAGCCCAAAAGCCAUGAAUAUUUAUGAGAAUUGCCCAGAGGACAACACAGCAAUGGGGAAUGUUUUUCUGUUGCAAUUAAAUGCAGAUCCUUGUGAGCAAGGGAAGACGGCAAAAACAGACGCUUCCCUGCUGAAAGAGGCAAGCAAAAUGGAUCUUUUUGACGACCCCCGGUAUAUCAAUACCCAGAACUUACAACCUAUGCCUUGUACUACCACCGGAAGCCCUGUUUCAGUUGAGCCCUGCAGAAGUUCAAUUCGCCAUUCAAUUUCAGAAUCCUUGGAAGCUGUUGCAGGAGGUGCGGCUGAUGGCAAGCCACAGCUGUGGACUCAAGACUGCUACCACGGAAAGUUAACCAGGAAGUCAGCGGAGAGUCUUCUAGUGAAUGAUGGGGAUUUUUUGGUGAGGGAGAGCACCACAUCCCCUGGCCAGUACGUCCUGAGCGGUUUGCAAGAUGGACAAGCAAAGCAUCUGUUGCUGGUGGACCCUGAAGGCAAGGUUAGAACCAAAGACCAUGUAUUUGACAGUGUGGACCAUCUUAUUCGCUAUCACAUGGAAAAUAAAUUGCCAAUCAUCUCCUCUGGAAGUGAAUUAAAUUUGAGCCACCCAGUAAGGAAAGGGUCUGGACACUUGCAAUAUAAGAAAUAACUAAUACAGGCUUACAUAACCUUCAAAACAAUUCUUCCUUCCUUGUUUCUCCCUGUCUAUCUUUAAUCUUCCUUCCUUCCUUCCUUUUUCUUUCUUUCUUUCU